AUUGGUUUUUAUUAUUGUCAACUAACCUUACCAUAACAAAAAGUCCUGAAAUCCCAAUCCCUUACGUAAUUUUUUAAUAAAUCCGGGACUGCUGUUCUAUUUGAAAACAUGUCCCUAAAAGCUUCGCAAACUGGGGGCGUGAAGCCCAUGAGUAUUGAGGGCCGCUUAAAAGAUGAACGAGAACGACUCUUGGGCAUGACCGAUGCUGAAAGAAAUUUAAGAAAACAGUGGCUGAAAGACCAAAUAUUAUCCGAAAACGAGCCUAGAGUUGUCCCUGAGAUAUACAAGGCUACUUAUAAUCCGAUUAGGAGAUUUUACCGUUACCCCAUGGAUCAGGUCGAGAAGGCUUUAACACCUGUACUUGGGUUGGAAAAAGCACAGGUUUUCAGAGGGGUGACAGCUAAGUUUGGAUUUAUGAUCAUGGGCGCUUACUGGACAUGGUAUUACAUGAAAUACAAUAGAAACAACUGGGAACGUAGGGGUGGAAUUAGAGUUAAAUCCACUCGGGAACCAACAAUGCCUGGAGAUCCGGGUUAUCCACAUGUACCUAAUAUGAAACCACAAGAUUAUAUGCCGAGAGGAUUUGAUAAGGUUACUUUAAAUUUGUAAUAAAGGCAAUGUAUUUGUUAAUACUUUUUUGUUAGGAAUUAAAUAGUUGUAUAUACAAA